CAGAUUAAAUCAUAUACGCAUUGAAAUCAACUGGAAUAGAAAAAGUCAACAAACAACAAAUCGUUGUUAAAAAAUUUGAAGAUAAACCAAAUUUACUGGCAAAUUAAGAAGAAAGGAAGAAAGAAACGACGACAUACACACAAAAAAUGGAAUUGCGUGUGGGUAACAAAUAUCGAUUGGGCCGUAAAAUUGGGUCAGGUUCGUUUGGUGAUAUAUACUUGGGUACAACCAUUAAUACCGGUGAAGAAGUUGCUAUUAAAUUAGAAUGCAUACGUACCAAGCAUCCACAAUUGCAUAUCGAGUCCAAAUUCUACAAAACAAUGCAAGGUGGCAUUGGUAUACCACGCAUAAUCUGGUGUGGCUCUGAAGGUGAUUACAAUGUAAUGGUUAUGGAAUUGCUUGGUCCUUCUUUGGAAGAUUUGUUCAACUUUUGCUCACGCCACUUUUCAUUAAAAACUGUGCUACUGCUAGCUGAUCAGAUGAUAUCACGUAUUGACUAUAUACACUCACGUGAUUUUAUACAUCGUGACAUAAAACCUGAUAACUUUCUUAUGGGCUUGGGCAAGAAGGGCAAUCUCGUGUACAUCAUUGAUUUCGGUUUAGCGAAAAAGUUUCGUGAUGCGCGUUCAUUAAAGCACAUACCAUAUCGGGAAAAUAAAAAUCUCACCGGCACAGCACGCUAUGCAUCUAUAAAUACACAUUUGGGUAUCGAGCAAUCUCGACGUGACGAUCUGGAAUCGCUUGGUUAUGUGCUGAUGUAUUUUAAUUUAGGCGCUCUACCUUGGCAGGGUCUAAAAGCAGCCAAUAAACGUCAAAAAUAUGAGCGUAUAUCAGAAAAGAAGCUAUCCACAACGAUACUGUCAUUGUGUAAAGGUUUUCCAAGUGAAUUUGUGAAUUAUUUGAAUUUCUGCCGACAAAUGCAUUUUGAACAACGUCCUGAUUAUUGUUAUUUGCGUAAAUUAUUCCGCAAUCUAUUUCAUCGCCUUGGGUUCACAUAUGAUUAUGUAUUUGACUGGAAUUUACUUAAAUUCGGUGGACCACGCAAUCCUCAAGCAAUACAACAACAACAAGAUGGGGAUGGCCAACAACAAGAAGCAACUGCUGCCCAACAACAUCAACAUAGUUCGAAACAAUUGACCGGUGGUGUGGCAGCAGUGGGUGGCGUCCAAAUGAUGGGCUCCGGUGCUGGUCAAUCGAUGGUAAACUCCAAUGCAGCAAUUGUUGGCAGUAGCUCGCAGAUGGUGGUUGGUGGAAAUGGCGGUAUGACAAUGGACGAUUCAAUGGCUGCAACAAAUUCAUCGCGCCCACCUUAUGACACACCAGAAAGACGUCCUUCGGUGCGUAUGCGUCCCGGUGGACCUGGUGGCGGCGUUAUGAAUGACGUGCGAAAUGCAAAAUAAUAUUUUGUGGUGUAAUUUUUGUUUACGAAUACAAUAGUUUCUAUAUUUAAAAUUAGCAAGUCGGUCGUCGUCUUCAUGUAGUUUUUAAAUUGCUAGAUUUAUAAAUUUUAUAUUCUCAUUUCAUUUACAUAUAUCGUAACGUUAAUGUUAUUUUGUAUGUUAGCAAUAAAUACAUAAAAAAAACACAUUAACGUGCGUAGCGUUAUCAUCUCUUUGUCAUUAAUUAAUUAAUAUU